AUGGCAAAAAUCACGACUCACGAAGCAGCAGGAAAGCAGCUGGACGCCAUGGCAGCUCAGGGACUUAGUGUUUGCUCAGCAUUAAUCAAUGGAGAGAGGCAUUUGGUUGCCUUUGGUGGCUAUAAUGGGAAAUACAAUAACGAGGUUUUUGUUAUGAGACUUAAACCAAGUGAUGCAUCACGUCCAAAGAUUUUUCAGUCACCAGCAGCAGCAGCAGCUGCAGCUUCUGUUACUUCUGCAUAUGCUUUAGCCAAAUCUGAAAAGUUAGAUUUCUCCAGCUUAAAUCUGAACUCUAAUGGAGUUGGAAACAAUCCUUCUGAACUAGAUUUAGCAUUUGAAAUUGAUGCACUUAAAGAAGAGAAAAAGGUGCUGGAAUCGUCCCUCACCGAAGUCAGAGCAGAAAAUUCUAGGCUUACAGAAAAGGUUGAUGAAGUUAAUGGUACUCAUGCAGAACUAUCCAAGGAACUCCAUUCUGUUCAAGGUCAACUAGCUGCUGAGAGAUCAAGAUGCUUUAAACUUGAGGCUCAAAUUGCUGAGUUACAGAAGAUACUGGAAUCAUUGCAGUCCAUAGAGAAUGAAGUACAACUACUUCGAAGACAGAAAUCUGCACUGGAGCAGGAGAUAGAGCGUAGUGCAGCUCAAAGACAAGGUUCUGGAGGUGUCUGGCGCUGGAUAGCUGGCUAAACUAGCAAAUCAUCGAACUGUUCAAGGCCAAAGCCUCAAAAUUGUGCCAAAACUUUAGCAGCCAUAGCCGUCUCAAGCUAAUACAAAUAGCCUCUGUGUAUUUGGCCAAUGGGUGCUGAUCCUCGGCCACUGUUAGAGUUUUUUUGGGAGGUUUAAGUUAGAAACGGGUACAAGAUAUAUAGUCUGUGCAGUCGCACUGUUGUUUUCUGUGAAACGGGUAAUUGUUUGAUUUUUUCCCCAUCCCACACGACACUUGUUUUAUUUGUUUCUGUAGAAUUGAAUUAUUCUCUCCUGGUACAUUACAAAUUUCAUUGGAUAUCAUAUAAUAAACAAAUAUUUUUUAUUUUA